GUGCGGGCCGGCGGGGCCCGGGAACCUCCGCUGGGGCCGUCGCCCGGGCCAGUCCAUAUGAGGAGGCAGCCGCCGCCGCCGGGCCCCGCCAGCGCCAUGUCGGAGCGGCCCGGCAAAGCCGCCUGCCUCAUCAUCGCCAGCGCGGCCGCCGGGGGUGUGUCUGCCCAAUCCUUUCUUCAUUCUUUUACACUGGCUAGCGCUGCUUUUAAUCUACAAGUUGCCACUCCAGGGGGGAAGCUAAUUGACUUUGUCGAUGUGAAUGAGAGCAACAUGCGUUGGAUACAGGACUUCCGAAUGAAAUCUUAUGCAAAUCCUGCCAAGUUGGAGACAAUUGAUGGUGCCAGAUACCAUGCCCUGUUGAUUCCUAACUGUCCUGGGGCUUUGACUGACCUUGCAAACAAUGGAUACCUAGCUAGGAUAUUGCAGCACUUCAGCAAUGAGAACAAGCCUAUUUGUGCUGUGGGACAUGGAGUUGCUGCUUUAUGCUGUGCCACAAAUGAGGAUAAAUCGUGGGUAUUUCAGGGAUACAGCCUGACAGGGCCCUCUGUGUAUGAGCUGAUAAGGCAGCCCAGUUUUGCCAGUUUGUCCAUUAUUGUGGAGGACUUUGUGAAAGAUUCUGGAGCUACCUUUAGCGCCAGCAAGCCAGAUGCCGUACACAUAGUUCUGGACAGGCACCUUGUUACAGGACAGAAUGAGAAUUCCACUGUUAUAGCAGUCCAGAACCUUAUUCUUCUCUGCAAUGGCAGCAGGAAAUGAAGGAGCAGGCCUCCUUGUAGCUGGGAUGGAUGAAGAGCCAGAGAGACUGAAGGCUUUCUUGUCUGUGAAGGGGAUGUCUUGCAGAUGGAGAGGGCCAUCAGCACUUCUGUUGACUCGGCGAUCAUGAAGAGGCAGUACCAAUGUACGUGCAGAGUGGAUAAAGCUUGUGAACAAGAAAGCAUUAACGUGUAUCACUCCUUAAAGAUGAUCCUGAAAUAGUCUCACUUAUCUUUCUGGUAGUGAAACCUUUCUUGCAGAUUUUCUCCCCCCUGCCCUUGAAAAAAGAAGUAGAUUUUACAUGGGAAAACAUCCUAAAAAGAGCAUUUAUAUUUAUAGUAUCAACACUUCUCCUUGUGCUAAAGGGCAAAGACCCCACUCCAGGGCUAUAUAAUGCCAGCCCUAGUUGGGAACGUGGUAAUUCAGCUCCAUAGCAAAACAGUUCUGGAAUACUCUCAAUUUAGGGCCAUUCAUUUAUCAGCUGGUGCCUGUGGUUCAGAUAUCAAACUCCACAAUUAAUUCUGCAUUGAAUUGCAGUUUGAAGCCUAUUCUAGCCCUCUGUCCAAUGAGUCACAAAGUUGGCUCCAGACUCUUUAAAUGGAUUUUUGAAAGUGUGACAGAUUUGAGAUUUAAAGGAAAAUGCUUAGAUAAAUCCUGCAUGAGUGCAACUGAACAAUUGAGUCUGAAGCAGCUCACCUUGGUGAUACCAUUGACAUAAUGUGCUCUUUUCUCGUUGUGUAUUCAGGUUAAUGCACUUCUGUAAAAAAUCUACUCAAAGGUUGUUUUAAAGGACCCUCUAAAAAGUCAUUUGCAGUACUGUCUUGUGCAGCAUGUAUUAUGAAUUUGUAUUGUUUGGAUUGUCAGAAAUAUUGAUCUCUGGCAAAUACAGUGUCAUUGUCUGUUCUUGGAAUUAAUUUUAUUACUGAAGUAAAAAUGUAGAAAUGAAUUUACUUGGACCAAAUAGAUUUCAUCCUGUACGUAGUUUCUUAGCAGAUCAAUGACUCAUUCUCUUUGCAUUUCAUAUUGAGCAUGUCAUUUGUUCCUUUCCAUCCAUUUUAAAAAUGAAAGGGGACAGUCAGACCAUGAAGAAGGGUUUUCCCUCCACCUUAGUCCUAACCAUGCGAAAGUGUUUGCUGGAAGAUGGAUACAUUCAUGGUUGGUUUUUUUUCCAUGACUGAAAUUGAGACCACCCUUUUCUGCAGUAUUUUCCAGGGAGCAGGACUCAUAAAGUUUCUCCUGAUUACGUUUUUCCUUAAAGGGAGCAUGAGAUGCUGUAAUCAUAAUCAUCAGGCAGACCAGCCUUGUUUCCUUUUCUGAGGGGAAAUGUUUAUUAGCUCUACUUGCUCAAAACUGCUGUGUGAGUUUAAAUAAUCUGCCAUGGGGUUUCUAGGAUUUCUGGCUGUGUUAUAAACUGAAGUCCUGCUUUCAGAUUUGCACUUAUGAUGGAAAUGUUGGUUAAAUCUUCAUCCCUGUCACAGCUCCUGUCAAGGAUUUUCUUUUAGUUCUCUGCUGCCAGAACAUACAUCUCAGCUGCAGUUUUCAGUGGACCUUCCAGUGACAUGAUGUGGAACAUCUAUUUCAUUAGCAUGUAGAGGUCCAGACUGAGGCCAUGUCUAGACUACAAAAUUAAGCCAACCUUAUUUACAUCAGGAUACAGUCAUUGCGGUAAUUACAUCGCUUGUGUGUGUUUACACUUUGCUACUUAUGUCAGCGGUGCACGUCCUCACCAGGAGCGCUUGCACCAGUUGAACUAUCAGUGUGGGGCAGUGUGGAACAGCCAGCAACAGUCAAUGUAAGCAACAGUGUCUGCACACACUGUGUUGACCUAACUAAAUCAACAUUGACUCUGCGCCUCUCAUGGAGGUCGAGUUAAGUCAGUGUAACGGGCCAGUUACGUCUGUGGAAGCGAAAUUUUACUGUAGAUGCUUAUAUAGGUCACUGUAAGCUGUUUUGCGUCUACCUAACUCUAGAAUAGACCAGGACUGAGAUUGGGGCCCUGUUGUACUGGUUGAUGUAUUCACACAGAGCAAGAGAGAGGCUCUCCCCAAAGAAUUUACAGUCUAAAUAGACAAAACGGACGCCCUAUCCACUAGACCAGAGGUUCUCAAACUGGGAGGUGGGCCCCUGCGUGUGGGGGGAGGGGAAGGACAGCAGACUGUAUUUGGGGGGAGGGGCGAAUGAGCUGCUUUAGGGGGAACAAACUUACUGUGCACAUUUUACCCACAGCAAUAAAUAACUAGCAAAGCUGAUUCCUCCAGACAUCGUAGCUCCUCAGAUGGCGCUGUGCAUAUUGAUGGAUUUUGUUAACCUUGCAUUAUACAAAGUUGUUGUCAUCUGUAUGUUAAUCUGUUUGCUACGACACGGCAUGCACAUUUCAUUGUAAGCAUCGACCACAAUCGCUGUUUUGCUUUUGCUCUUAUUACAAUGGAUUGUUGGCUCUGUUUGGAUCAAAGCCUUAUUUGUUUUUAAUAUUUAAGUGAGAGCUGCAUAUUGUUUUUUUUAUUGUUGUGUGUGUGUGUGUGUGUGUAUGUGUGUAUGUAUAUAUAUAUAUAUAUAUAUAUAUAUAUAUAUAUAUAUAUAUAUAUAUAUAUAUAUAUAUAUAUACACUUGUGUAGCAGGAGGAGGGGGCAUAAACUACUACAGACACAAGGGGGGCACAAUCAAACAAGUUUGAAAAAUACUGCACCAGUCUACACUGCCUCCCCUAUCUCUCUAGCAUGUUCCCAGCUUUGAUAGUCCAUAUUCCUGCCUCUCCCUUCAUUUCCCCCCUUUCUCUCCCCCAUUUAAAAGCAGUUGAGAGAAACCUAGUUCUCUAAGGGCAGGAAACUGAAACUUGCUCUCAAGACUGCCAAUCUUUUCUGCUUUUAUUUUUCUUAUUGAAACAUUUAGGGGCCAGUAGAGAAGACUUGUAAUUUCACCAAGGCUCAUUUCACCCAAAAUUAGAGUCCCAAGUACUAUUUUUUCCCCCAGUGACAGCUUGAACUAGAAGUGUGAUGGCAAGAACUUGUGGUUUUGAAAGCGCAAAGUGAAACGUAACUUAAUUCAAAAUGGUUUUUGAUUGAUUUGGGUAGUAAACUGGGUUCUAUUUCAAGCUGUGCCUUGGGCUUCCUAUCUGAUUUUGUGCAAACUUAUUAACAUCUCAGUUCCCCAUCUGGAAUAAGGGACUACAACCACGUUGCCAGCUCAGGGGAGUGCUGAGGCUUGAUUCCUAAUUGGCAAUGUGUUUGGUGACCCUUGGAUUGAAGAUGCUAGAUGAGCUCAAAGUAUUAAAAAGGUAACUGUCCAUCGUAACACUUCCUGUUGUAGCUGCUUAUGUGUUUUUUUGACUCUUGUGACUAUCUACUAAACUUUGUAUGCACCUGUACGAGGAAGUUUUCCAGGUUAAUCAUUGUAAAAAAUAUGUAUAUGUUAAAUGUACUACAUAAUAUUUUUGAGUGCCUCCUUGUUCUCACAUUAAGGGACUAGAUGAAGAGGCGUCUUCCCUAUUUUUCAUUAUUCCCUCACGUGUGCCCUUUUUCUUUCUGAUCUAAAUAGUCCCCAUAUUGGAGCCAUUUUUAUUGCAAAACAGGGAGUAGGCAUUUCAUGCCCUAGCAAGAAGUGGCUGGAUAGGUGAUGCAUAAUGUCUGCUUGCACUGUCUGAUGAAAAAAGAACAUUGGCUGUUUGGUAGUGACCUGAUUUCUAAUAGCAAAGCAAGUAAGUGAUUUUGAGAAGGAAACCUCACCCUAAUGUGCAUGGUGGACUAGCAAGUGACAGCCUUAGAAAUUUUAGUGACAAAUAAUGAACAACUGAUGCUGACCCUAUUUUUAAAAAAUAUAGUUUUCAUACAAUAUGACCAAUUUAAACUCAGGGCUGUAGACGGUGCUAGGUUGAUGGAAGAAUUCUUCCAUUGACCUAGCUACCGCCUCUCAGGGAGGUGGAUUUACCACUACAGUGAUGGAAGAACUCCUCCUGUCACUGUAGUGAGUGUCUACACUGGGGUGGAAAGAAUGUCAGGCUGUCUUACAAAACAUGUCCAAAGAGCAUGUUAGCUUUGGGAGGAGUCUUCCUGUUCUUUGGACACUGGAUAAAAGUGCAAGGACACUAGCUUCUGCUGAGUGGAGCAAUGAAAGGGGUAACGGGAUGAAAAAGGGGUAAAGGUAACCACAAAGGAAGCUGCAGAUACUGCUUGGCUCAGGCUUUUUUAAAUUUUGGAAGAAAUCCUGGACUGAGAAAACAUUGCAGUGAUUUCAGAUGGUGAAAUAUAUUUGAUUUAUUUAGAAAUGCAGUUGCUGUAUCAUUGAAUUACUAAAAUAUGUUAGGGUGAACGUUGUUACGAAAGUUAGUGCCAUUUAUCCCCUCCUCUCCCUCACACAUACCGGAGUACAGAGAGCUGAUAUCACUUUUAAUCAGCUUCCAUCUCAUGACACACUCUCCUGUCCCCUCGCCUCUGGAGGGGCUGAUAGUCUCAUAGUUACAGGUUUCAUAAUUGAAGAACUAUUGGAAAAUGUUUUCAAACAGCAAUAUGUCUCUUGAAUUUGCUUCUCAAAUGCAUAUAUGGUAUGUUCUUGGUACCAAAACUACUGGUGUGUUUAACAUUCCCAUUCAUUUUGAAAUUAGUUAAAUGCAAACAAAGUUGAAGUACAGGCACAGAAAGAAAUGAAAGGUUAAGUCAUUGUUAUGUGCCCAGCUAUGGGAGCAUUUCUCAGCUGUCCCUUAUUUAGUCCCAAAGUUAAACAUGUUCCACACAAAUUUGGCAUCCCCCUCAUUUUAUUGUUGAAAGUGUAUUUACAGCAGAAAUAAAUAAUCAUGAAACUGCAGUUGUGGAAAGAGUGUUGCUAAAAAAAAAAAAAUCCCAUGACAUUUUAAGUUUCCUCCCUGAAUAAUUUUUGACCCUUUUUGAAUCUGCCACACGUUGUGUUAUGCAGAGUAUUGUUCUGUGUUUGGGUCUUGGCAGGUUGAGAAGUAUGCAUAGUAGGUAUCUCAGUUCUCGCAUCCAAGCAGCGACCUUUAUUAUGUGUCAAGUUUCCAGCAUUAGAGACUUACAUUUGUCCCUAUGCCUCACAAAUGGCAAGUGUACUUUUACUAUUGUAAAAAUGUCAUAAAACAGUGCCGGUGUCACUCUAAAUAAAAGGGUCUCACAUUGUCUGAA